UUUUCAUUAGUCGAGAGUGCAGAAAUUAUAAUUUGAAAGUUAGUGUGACAGUAGCAAGCUAAAAUGCCACGAAAUCGUUCGACGGAUGACUCUCGUCAACCAAUUCUUCAAGAUAAUGACGAGAAUGAAAGAAGUUACAAUGACAACGAACUCGAAGAUACUUCUGGAUGUUGCAAUCCAUCAAAAACUUGGUAUCGAUUCAUUGCACUGAUUUUUAUGUGCUUAGUCGGAUUUGCGUCAUACUUUUGCUAUGACAAUCCCGGCGCUCUUCAAGACAAUUUUAAGGCUGAUUUGAAUCUCUCGACAACACAAUUUGCAAUGCUUUAUUCUAUUUAUUCCUGGCCAAAUGUUAUUUUAUGUUUUAUUGGUGGAUUUCUCAUUGAUCGUGUUUUUGGAAUUCGUCUCGGUACCAUUAUCUACAUGUUCAUUUUAAUGAUUGGACAACUUAUAUUUGCAUUUGGAGCGACAAUAAAUGGAUUUUACAUCAUGUUAUUGGGAAGAUUUAUCUUCGGUAUUGGCGCUGAAUCAUUGGCAGUAGCACAAAAUAACUACGCCGUCUCAUGGUUCAAAGGAAAGGAAUUAAACAUGGUAUUUGGCUUACAAUUAUCAUUUGCAAGAGUUGGAUCAACUGUGAAUUUCCUUGUGAUGGAAUCUGUUUACAAAUAUGUCAAACAAUACUACAGUGGACCAUACAUCAUCGGCAUGUCACUUUUCAUCGCUGCUGGAACAUGCAUUAUGAGCUUCAUCUCUGCACUUGUUCUUGGAUGGAUGGAUAAAAGAGCUGAAACAUAUCUAAGACGUGUUGAAAACACUGAAGGUGAAACUCCACAUCUUUCUGAUGUCAAAACAUUCAAAGUUAGCUUCUGGAUGGUUUCCGUCAUUUGUGUCGCAUAUUACGUCGCAAUAUUUCCAUUUAUUGCACUUGGAAAAGUUUUCUUUGAGAGAAAAUAUGAUUACACACCGGAACAGGCCAACACAGUGAACUCAGUUAUUUACUCGAUUGCUGCUAUCGCCAGUCCACUAUGCGGUUACAUCGUAGACAGAACAGGGCGUAACGUUAUGUGGGUUUUCAUGUCAACGGUUAUCACAAUCGGUGCUCAUGCUCUGCUUGCUUUCUCCUUCGUCAAUCCCUACAUCGGAACAAUACUUAUGGGAAUUGCUUACUCAAUGUUAGCAAGCAGUUUAUGGCCGCUUGUUGCACUCAUCAUUCCAGAAUAUCAACUUGGAACAGCUUAUGGAAUCUGCCAAUCAGUUCAGAAUCUUGGACUUGCAGUUGUUUCAAUGUUUGCUGGUGUGAUUGUUGACAAAGGAGGAUAUUUAAUGCUUGAGCUUUUCUUCAUUGGUUGGUUGAGUGUUGCCCUUCUUGCUACUGUCAUCAUUUGGCUGCAAGAUUUCAAUAACAAUGGCACUCUUAACAUGACACCAUCAGAACGUGAAGAACAAGCCAAAACGACACUUCCCCAACUAACUUCGUCAUCAAUUAACGAUGAAGGGAGUGACGAACCUGAUCGACAAGCACGUGAAGUGAGAAACAAGUACCUGAAUAGAAUUGGAGUCGGUGACACUGGGAAUUCUAGCGACACUGAGCCACUUCUACAAUAA